GGAUUCACAAAGCUCCAAAAGUUUGCGUUUUCUGCGAGAAGGCCAGUGGAAUUUGCGUGGUCAGAUACUUGCCGCUUUGACAAACAGAUCAAUGCUGAGCUCGACGAGCCGAGGCGUUCCAUAUUUCGGUGGUAUCCCAACUCGGCCCAUUUGCAUCAUCCAUCUGGUCCGUCGAGGAUGGUAAAUGGACGACAGGGGCUGUACGUCACAAGACCCCCUUGCACCUGCCAAGAUCAGCUUCAAGAUCGACAAGCCUGGAUACCCUUGACAGAUGAUGAAAUGACAAGAACCCUCCACAUAUUGGAAAUUCUGAUCAUCGAGAGUUACCGGCAUUCCUCUUCACCGGCACCGUCAUCUACGCAAGCUUUAUCCAGGUCCGUGCGAUGCGCAUGA